GAAUUAUGUUGACAUUUUUGUUCUGCGGUGAUGUAUUAUAGAAUCAGCAAUUCAGCAUAUUGGGAACUAUGCAUUGUAUUUCGGAUCCUUUUGCAUGGAGUUCACUUAUAUAUCGACUGUGCAUUUUAAUGGAUCCUUUAGAACAUAGGGGUUGUUAAUUGGUUAGGGGUUGUUAGUAGUGAACUUGUGAUUGCAGGGCUGAAAACAAACUUUAGAACAUAGGUAGAAAAAAUUUGGAACAUAAGAAAAAAUUAGAACAUAGGUUGAAAUAAUUUAGAACAUGGGCUGAAAAUAAACUCAAUCAAACCUUAUCAUGUUUCUGUUUCAUUUGUCUUUUAAAUUUCUAGUUUACUCAUUCUAUUUUGGGUUUUUCACUCUCUAGCAUGUUCUAAACUAUUUUUCAGCAUAUUCUAAAUUAUUCCUAUGUUCAAAAAUAUAAUAAUAAUGUUGGAAUGUUACUAAUGUUUUUGAUUUCUUAAUGUUGCAGUAAAAUGCAAGGCCAAAAUGAAGAAAAAUCAGAAGAAGGAGUUACUAAUAUACAAGAAGAAGAAAUUACUUAUGUAAGAAAAAGGAAAGUUGAAAACGUUGAAGCGGAAGUAAUUGAUAGAUCGGAAUUUGAGAAGCAUAUUGAAAGUAAAAGUGUUGCUAUAAGACAUAGAAAACUUCCAACAAGGCUUCAACCACCUCGAAAAUUGCAAAAAAAGGAAGGAAGAGAAAAAGAUCAAGAAGAAGGAAAAGAUCAAAAAGAAGAAGAGGGUAAUAAUGUUGAGGAUGAUGACAAGAAUAAUGAUAGUAAAGAUGAUGGUGAGGAUGAUAAUAAGGGUGAUGUAAAGAUGAAAGAGAAAGAUGAAAAAGAGGAGAUGGAAGAUGAUAGUGAGGAGGAACAAAAAAUCAAUAAAAAAAAUCAAACUCAGAAGAAGAAAAGAAAGAUUGAAAAAGAAGAAGAUGGUGAGGAUGUCCAAGUAGUAGAAGCUAAUGAGCAAGAUAAACUAGUUAAGAGGCAACCUUAUCAAAGAGUACCUCCUACUCAAUUCAUGAAGGAUGUGUUGAUAAAUCUUUCGGAAAAACAAAAGCAAGCUAUUCGGAACAUUGGUUUUGGAGGCUUUUUGGAAUUGGAUUUACCAAUCCAUAUUAAUUCUACGUUGACAGAAAACUUGGUUACGAAUUUUGACACGGAGAGAUGUUGUUUGAUGUUACCAAAGAGAAAACAAGAAAUCUUUUUGGAGGAAAUUGAUGUUCAUUUGGCUUAUGGGUUGCCAUUGGGAGGCAAAAGGAUUGAGCAACCAAAUAAUGAGUCAAAUCUGAAAUGGAGCAAGUUUCUAAAAGCUUGGAGAAGCAAGUUUGGCCUCAAAAAAGUAUGAUGAUAUAAUGUGGUUAUGUUUUAAAUUUUAUGUUCUAAAGUAUGAAUUUUAUGUUAUAAAUUGUAUGUUUUAAAGUGCUUUGCUUAUGUU